AUGUACAUCAUUGUCGCAUUACUCAUCACCGGGUGGUCCUUUGGAGAUGCCCUGGAAACAUCAACGGAAUAUUCUGGACCACCGAAACCCUACAGCUUCCGGUACGAAGCAGGACGAUAUCCUGGACAAGUGGAUCGAAUUCAUCAGGAAACCGCAGACGGCUCCGGCACGGUUCAUGGGUCCUACGCUUUCGUAGACCCGAAGCAGAAGGUCAGGAUUGUGGAGUACACGGCCGAUAAGACCGGAUUUCAUCCAUCCUUGACAAACUACGAGGACACUUUUAGGCUCCCAGUGGAUUCGGAAGCUGUGAGGCAGGCCAAAGAGAAACAUUUCGAUCUUUACGAGAAAAUCGCCAACAGAAACGCUGAUGGAGCUCCCUCGACCCUCCCAGCGGACACGUCGAGCGUACUACGAGCAACGAAUCAGCAUUAUCAGCUUUACAGGAAGAUUGCCGAAGAGCACGCCGCGAUUUCCGCACAAAGAGAGGCGGAACGAUUAGCAUAUGAGGCAACAUCAGAGCCUAAUGACGUGUCUCACCAGCAGAAUUAUUGAUACGUUAUUAGCGUUUAAUUUCCCAACUUUUAUCGCCGGCCUUGAUGGCCGAUAGCGGAGAU